AUGUUCGGGCCACACAAGGAGACGCCUGUUCUCGCAGCGAAUCGACUAGCACGUUGGGCACUUAUGCUUAGUCAAUACGACUAUACCAUUGAGUAUCGCAAUACGUCAAAGCACGGCAACGCAGACGCCCUCAGCCGUCUACCGGCAGGACCAGACGUCUACUUCGAUGGGAAGGAAGAUGAAAGGGACAUUGUCACGGUAUGCCUCAUAAACACGAUUGACACCCAGAUUAAGCCAACAGAUCAAAGUGCACUUCGAAAAGAGUCUACCAAAGAUCCAGUUAUUUCCGAAAUUAUCCGAUACACAAGAGAGGGAUGGCCUAAUCAAGUUUCAGAUCACUUAAAGGACUUCAAAAAGCUCGAGCAUUCACUGACUACCAUCAACGGAUGCCUCCUGUAUGGCAAUAGAGUCGUGAUACCGGCUAGCCUGCAACAAGAGGUGUUGAAGAUUCUUCAUGAAGGCCAUUUCGGUAUGCAAAGGAUGAAACAACUGGCACGAACAGCAGUCUACUGGCUGAGGAUCGAUACAGCUAUUCAAGACAUGUGUCAUCGAUGCACUGCCUGCGCCGGACAUCAAAACAAACCGACAAAGCCUGCCAACCAUCCUUGGAUGCUGCCGGAGAAACCCUGGAGUAGGAUACAUGUCGACCACGCCAUCGAUGUCAUGGGACACCAUUGGCUCGUUGUCAAAGACGCAUACUCCAAAUACCCAUGUAUUCAUGAGACCAAUUCUACUUCUACGAAGACAACUACCCAGUUGCUAGAGGAAGACUUUUCACACUCUGGCUACCCGCACGCCAUAGUUUCAGACAACGCUACCACCUUUUCCUCACAGGAGUUCAAGGCCUGGUGCCAUGAAAGAGGAAUUGUGCAUCUGACGGGAGCACCUUAUCAUCCAGCCACCAACGGUGCCGCUGAGAGACUUGUCCAGACAUUCAAGCGUUUCUUGAAAAAGUCAAGGAAAUCUCCUAAGGAAGCUCUUCAGGAAUUUCUUAUGCAAUACAGACGUUCGCCAUUAGCUAGUGGAUAUUCGCCCAGCGAAUUACUCAACAAUCGACAGAUACGAACCAAGACACUAUUGCCGUCCCCGGCACAUGAAGCUCAAGAACGCCAAGCUCGAGAAGCCACGAAGUCACAGGCCAAAGAGUUACAAAGCAUGGUCCAUAACGUCCACAGACACUACCAAGUAGGAACACCAUGUUAUGCACUCUAUACUGUGGGCCAAGACGAACCAGUGAGCCUAGAUGGGUUCCAGCAACCGUAA